UUUCAGAGUGCGUCGGCGGUACGAACUCCCGGUGUCAAUGCUGACGAGAGAGCAGAUCGUUGAUCUCGCUGAAAGAUUUUCGACAGUUGAUGAAAGUGGUUGUGGUACAAUACCAGUGGCGGAUGUUCAGGAAGCACUUAAAAUUGCAGGCAUUGACCUCCCAGGUUUUCAGUUUCGUGAACUAAUGAAACGCUAUGGAAGCGCGAAGAACUUGGCAUUUGAUGAUUUCCAAAAUUUGUUUAUUGAAUUACGUAGCGAAAAAGAUCAGGAAGUGAAUGAAUGGAAACAGCGGAUUGGUUCGGUGACUGGUGCUUAUACAGUAAAGGGAUUGUCAGAACAAAGUAAUGAGGAAAUCGUGCACACCAUUCGAGUCGAGGAGGAGGUAGCUUUUUCAAAUUGGAUCAACAGUAAUUUGUGCAAUGAUGCGGAUUUGAAAAAUCUAGUGCCUGUAAAAACUGAUGGUGGAGACCUUUAUCAUAAAGUGCAAGACGGGCUUAUUAUAUGCAAACUCAUCAAUUUGGCAGUACCUGACACCAUUGAUGAAAGAGCCAUUAACAAAAAGCAUUUGAACACGUAUACAAAACUGGAGAAUUUGAUAUUGGCACUUAUGUCAGCACAGGCUAUCGGUUGUAAUAUCGUUAAUAUCGAUGGUGAUGAUCUGAGUAAGGGCAAACCACAUCUCGUACUUGGCCUUCUGUGGCAGAUCAUUCGGAUCGGUUUAUUUAAUCAGAUUGACUUAAGACAUGUGCCUGGACUAUUUCGGCUGUUGCAAGAAGGUGAGACACUGGACGAUUUACGCAAGCUUUCACCAGAACAAAUUCUGAUACGUUGGGUUAAUUACCAUUUAUCAAAGGCUGGCUUGAAUCGGACGCUAACGAAUUUUACCGCAGAUGUUAUCGACUCGGAGAUUUAUACUUAUUUACUUAAUGAAAUCGCUCCAAAAACAGCGAAUGUGUCCCUUUAUCCACUCUCUGUUAAGGGUAACAUACAGAGAGCGGCGGCUAUGUUGAAUGAAGCUGAGAAGAUAGACUGUCGCGAAUUUGUUGCGCCAAGCGAUGUUGCUCAAGGGAACUAUAAAUUAAAUCUAGCAUUUGUUGCCAAUCUUUUUAAUAAAUAUCCAAGCCUUCCGGAACCAGGAGCAGACGAGUUUGAAAUCGAUACUGCUGAUGAAACACGUGAGGAAAAGACGUAUAGGAAUUGGAUGAACAGUAUGGGUGUUGAUCCACAUGUCAACUGGCUUUAUAGCGAUCUUUGCAGUGGUGUUAUUAUUUUUCAACUUUAUGAUAUAAUUCGCCCUGGAAUAGUGAAUUGGAAACGAGUGGUUAAGAAGUUUUCCAAAUUAAAAGGUAUGAUGGACCAAAUCCAGAACUGCAACUAUGCGAUUGAACUUGGUAAACAGCUGCGGUUUUCAUUGGUUGGAAUACAGGGCAAAGACAUUUAUGAUGGCAAUCAAACGCUUACGCUUGCUUUGGUAUGGCAGCUGAUGCGCGCCUAUACUUUGACUGUAUUAGCGCAAUGUACGCAGAGUGGUGAUUCUUUGGCAACUGAUAAAGAAAUUAUUGCGUGGGUGAAUAAAAAAUUAGCGUCCUCCGAUCGAAAAAGAUCUAUAAAAAGCUUUCAAGACCCAGUAAUAUCCGAUGCUUGUGUCGUUCUGGAUCUUAUUGAAUCAAUCAAACCGGGCACAAUCAGUUACUCACUCGUAAAAACUGGUACUGCUGAGGAUAAUUUGGAGAAUGCAAAAUACGCAAUCACAUCAGGACGCAAAAUUGGUGCAAAAAUCUAUGCUUUGCCAGAAGACAUUGUUGAAGUUAAACCGAGAAUGGUAAUGACUGUCUUUGCGUGUUUAAUGGCGCGUGAUUAUAUGCCCAAUGUGAAAGAAGUACCAUCGCCAGCAGAAUCACUGGAAAAUCAUGAAUAAAAAUAUUACUGGAGUUUCAAGCUAACGCUUAUUCCCAUUAAUCCUGAUGUUUUUAUGUGCCCUAGUUAUAUUCAUGUUCCUUUUAUGUAAUCCUUUAAAACAUAUAGUGAACAAUGAAAAUCAGAAUCAUGAAUUAUAUCGGUGAAGAUUACAAAAUUAUUGCAGAACAUAAUUUCUAGGAAAACCGUUAUAUUGCUGAAAAGAAGUACUGCAUUUUAGAAUAGUAAAAUACCGUACUGAUUCUGUGAUUUCGUUUCUUUUCUCACCAACUUGAACACUUUUCACUUGGUUGUCUGAUUAUCAGCAAUUUCAUUACAUUGGCAUAUGAUUGUUUUUGUAUUCUAUGUUUCUAACGUGUACUUCGUAAUAACUUUAAUUUAUAAUUUAUAUUUUCGGUUGCACCACUGUUUAUUUCGGUUGCACCAACGUACAUUUCAAGAGUCAGGAAUUACUCACUGAGAUGAAAAAUUUGUAACCCCUUGUGUGUUCGGCCUUGAUUAGCCAGUUUUAUAUUUAAUUGUAUUUACCAGUUUAUUAAUUUAUCUCCUGUUCUUCCGAUCGGUGUAGCAACAUACUCGAGAAGUUACAUUUGCAGAAGUGGUUCAGAAGAGCAAGCAGCUGGGGAUACUUUUUAUACGACAUCUUCAAAGGGCACAUUCCGCAACAGCACGCGGGCAUCUUCCAAUGGUCCUUCAUAUUUACCACCGCAUACGGAUAGCGUUCCGAACAGAGAUUUCUUGCCCUGAAAUCUUUCAUUUCGAAUAAUUCCGAGGAUUCGAGAUAACGAGUCAAUGAUAUCUUGAAAUUGGUAAGCAGACUUUGGAUGCUAUGUUGGAUGCGACAACAUCAGGUAUCCAUUACGAGCGGUACAGUUUCGUUUCGUUGAGGUUCCAUACAAAUAUCUGGCUGGGCAGGGUUUUUAAAAUCACCCGCGUUAAAUGCAUAUUCUCAAAAAUGGGUAACUUACCAAUCAGUGAAGAUUUGGGAUGAAUUGCUGUAAUUUUUGAUAGUGUUAUGAAGCUAUUUAAUAUGUUAACUGUAUCAUAAAUCACUUGGAUAAACUAACUGUUCAAAUUACUUGACAAUUAUCACGC